GGGGACGCCGGGCCGAGGCUUUUGCCAGGGAACAGACAGUUGUCGCCCCGCCCCUUCGGGGCUUUCUGUCCCGUUAACUGUCGGAGUGGCGGGGGCUUCAGCGCCUGGCGACAUGCCGGUGCGCUUCAAGGGGCUGAGUGAAUACCAGAGAAACUUUCUGUGGAAAAAGUCUUAUUUGUCAGAAUCCUGUAAUUCCUCUGUGGGGCGAAAGUACCCAUGGGCUGGACUUAGAUCAGAUCAAUUAGGGAUCACAAAAGAGCCAAGUUUUAUUUCAAAAAGAAGAGUCCCUUACCAUGACCCACAGAUUUCAAACUCUCUUAAGUGGAAUGGAGCUAUCUCAGAGAAAGAUGUUGUUGUAGCACCACAGCCUGCAGCCUGGGAAACACCAAAAUCGCAAGAGGAAGAACAAAAAGAUGUUACCCAAGGAAGAGUUCUCUCACUAGAAGCCUCCAGGGUUCCCAAAAGAACCAGAUCCCAUUCUACAGACUCCAGAGCUGAAGGGACUUCAGAUGUUGUGGAAAAUAAUGACGACGUAAUACCAAACCAUACACCGGUUAAUGCAAAUGUGGAAUUGGAACGUUCUACCAAGAUUCCUUCAGAAAAUGUAGAUAAUGGGGUUUUCCACAAUAAAAGCAAAUUUGUUCCACAAUUCAAAGGUAACUCAAUCAUCCAUGAAACUGAAUACAAAAGAAAUUUCAAGGGUUUAUCUCCAGUGAAAGAACCAAAAUUAAGAAAUGAUUUGAGAGAAAACGGAAAUCUUGAAACAAUAUCACCUGAAAAAAAGUGUAAUAAAACAGACGAUCCCUUAAAAUUAGAAGCAGAGAUGGAAUUAAAAGACUCAAACCAGCCUAAAAAGAAGCUUACUCCUUGGAAACAUCAAAGGCUUGGGAAGGUGAAUUCUGAAUAUAGAGCAAAAUUUCUGAGCCCAGCUCAAUAUUUAUAUAAAGCUGGAGUUUGGACACGUGUGAAGGAAAACAUGCCAAAUCAGGGUUCUCUAAAUGCCAUGUGGUAUGCAGAGGUUAAAGAACUGAGAGAGAAGGCUGAGUUUUAUAGGAAACGAGUUCAGGGAACACAUUUUUCUCGGGACCAUCUGAAUCAGAUUCUGUCUGAUAACAACUGCUGUUGGGAUGUCUCCUCGACAACAAGCUCAGAAAGAACCAUUAGUAGCAAUAUCAGAGCAUUAGAUCUUGCUGGAGAUACUACAAGCCAUAAGACUUUGCAGAAAUUUCCUUCUACGAAACUAGAAGAAAAAAGACAUACCUUGGAAGAGGAGCACCAGAAAACCACGGAGGAGAAAUUAGGUGUGUCCGGUGCUCCCACUGUACCUGUUAGAAGGCGCCUGGCCUGGGAUGCAGAGAACACCAGUGAAGACUUACAGAAACAGCCCAGAAAGGAAGAGAAGGAGGAGGAUGGGAAAAUGGACAAGCAGACAUAUAUAGGAGAGCUCGAGAAGUUGGACGUACAUGAGCAAUCUAAGGCAGACAAGAUAGAAGGGUCGGAUUCUUCUUCUGUUUCCUCAGGAAAAGGAGGCAGGCUUCCUACUCCAAAGCUGAGAGAACUUGGUGGAAUCCAGAGGACUCAUCAUGAUCUUACUACUCCAGCUGUUGGUGGUGCUGUUUUAGUGUCUCCAUCCAAGGUGAAGCUUCCAGCCCCAGAACAGAGGAAAAGAGUGUCCUCUCAGGAUUGUUUAGAAACUUCAAAGAAUGAUUUUACUAAGAAAGAAAGUUGUGCUAUAUCCCUACUGACUUCUCCAGCUGCUGGUAUAAAAACAAUUGAUCCCUUGCCUUUGCGGGAAGAUUCUGAAGCCAAUAUCCCCAAAUUAGCUGAGGCAACUCUUGCAGUUUCAAAAAUUCCAGAAUAUCCAACAAACACCCCUGGACAGUCACCUUCUCCACCCCAUGCGCCGUCCUACUGGCAUCCCUCUCGUCGAAUUCAGGGCUCUCUGAGAGAUCCAGAAUUUCAGCACAAUGAUGAGGACAGAUUGUCUGAGAUAUCUGCUCGCUCAGCAGCAUCUAGUCUUCGGGCUUUUCAAACUCUGGCACGAGCUAAGAAAAGGAAGGAGAAUUUCUGGGGUAAAACAUAA